CAUUAUUUACAUCGCCAUCUUGCCUGCAAAUCCGCGCCACCGGACCUUCUGAAACAUACGUCACUGCGCCGCUGAGUCAGCGAACUUUCCAGCGCAGGGAUGUCUGAGCGGUUGAAGAAGAUGCGUCUACACCACGACACCAGGUUCCCAAACGUCAGAACCAUCAAGACCCGGAGCCAUUCGAGGGACGACUGCUUCUUCCACGGGCUUCCAUCGGAAGUUUUCCACAUGAUCCUGGAUCUUCUGUCUGUGGUGGAAAUGAGUGUUCUCUGCACUGUGUCCAAGAAAUUCUGCGGCUUUAUCAUGGACUACAUCGACACCUUUUCUUGGAGGAAAAAACACAUUUUCAGAGACUUUCAUCCUCCCAGCUGCACGGAACGCAGGCAGAACUUUAAACACUACAGGGACAUUGGUCUGUUAUUUAAGAAAUGCACCAUGUUGUUACCAACGAAGAAGAGGCUACGAUAUGUCUUCAGAAAGUUUUCAGUGGUUCCUUGCCUCAUGUAUGCUCAGUGUUGUGUUCCAAACUGCACUGGGUUUGCUUGCCUUGGAGUUUUUCUUCAGACACUACUUGCUGGCUGGAGUGGAGAGGAAAUUCAAAAAGUGUUCUUCUUCCUGUGCGAGCAAACAGGCAUGUUUUCAAGAAUUGAGUCAAGCUUCAGUGGAAAGCAAGGCGCGCGAGAACUCACGGAGAUUCAGCUCCGUAACUUCUGCCGUAACGUUUUUCUGAACCACUGGUCUGAUCAGAAGGAGUAUCAGUUUUGGCUCGUGGAGCUCCUGAAUCCUUGGCCUUUGGUUGUUCAAGCUCAACUGCUCUUCAUCCUCUUUGGACCACUGAUGCCUGAUGGCACUGUUGGUUGGCGAGAGCCAGUGGAAACGCUUCUCACCAACAACUGUUUGUGGGACUUGGCCAAAGCCAUUUUACACUUGUUCAGCCAUUCAGGGGUCAAAGGCUGCACCACAGGUUCUGUGCUGGCAAUCGUGGAGGAACUUGUUGGCAUACCUCAUCGAUGGGAGGAUGAGAAUAUAGCCCGUCUCCUGAUUCUUUGUGGAAGAAACAUUUGUUACACCAUCCUGGUCAACAAACUACUCAGUGGACGACUUGCAGAGAUGUCCAGAUGUCUUGUCUUCAUCGUACUGGUGUGUGAGAAGGAAUGCUAUCACAUGAACUGGGCAGCAAAGUUGGUCCAUCAGAUCUGCAAGGUCAUCACCCCAGUUUCCCAGCGCUUCAAAUUCAUCGAACAGCUGGAGCUCAUGUUCUCUGAAGUCACCAAGGAGAUGUUUGAGUCUGCCAUUUUGGGAAACAAUCCAGAUGAUGACGACACUCUUGAUUCUCUGCAAAUUCUGGACUCCAUUGCUCGCUUCCACACGAGGUUCCUUUUCAUGUUCAUUGAGUAUUGAUAUAGUACUGAUGAACCUUCAACAGUGACAGGACAAAGCCCGAUACUGUAGAACAGGAGGUAAUAACAGUACAUCUUAGUGUACGUUCAAUUAAGUGUUGCAGCCAUUUGGUUUGUUUGACUGUUAACUACGCUGCUUUAGUUGUUUACUGACAUUACAAUCUCGGUUUUUACUUUUAAUGGUUUCAGCUGAAAACACUUUUGUAAUCAGUAUUUAAUAUUUAUUGAAAAUCCAGUGUAUUUCGAAGUAUUUAUUCAAUAUUUAUUUUAUUUUUUUACUUUUAUACUUUUUGUAUUUUCCUGUUUAACAGUGUUCAAAAUAAAAUGUGUGUGUGAGUAUAAUGC